AUGGAAGAAAAUAAAAUAGAAAUAUCAAAUAGUAAUAAUAGUAAUAGUAAUAAUAAUAAUGAAGAUUUAGAAAAAGAAAUACCACCACCACCAACACAAUCAUCAAUUAAAAAUUAUAAAAAAAGAGUUUAUAGUAUAUUACAUGAUGAUGAAAAUAAAGAACAACCAAAGAAAAGAGUUAUUUUAAGUUAUCAUGAUGGUGAUGAAAGUAAUUUAGUUACAGUUGAAGAUCCAGAUAAUAAUGAAAAAUCAUUUAUAAUUAAUAAAAAGUAUAUUCAAGAGGAUGGUAGUAUUUUAUCAAAACAACAAUAUAAGAAAAAGAUUGAACAAUUUAAUAAACAAAAGAAAAUUGAUAAUAGACAAUCAAGAAAACAAAAGAAAAGAGCAGAAACUCAUAAAAAGAAUGAUGAGGAGGGUAAUAUUACUAAACAAAUCCUAGCUGAAACUAGUUUUCAUUAUAAGGAUAAUCUAAGACAUAUCGAACCUUAUCAAUAUACAUUCAAAGUGUUUGCAAAGGAGCGUUGGUUCGGUCAAUCGAUAUUGGACAUGUUUUCACAAGAAUUCUCAACCAAUUCACGUGAUGUCUAUUUAAAGAAAAUUAAAAGGGGUUUAAUUAAAGUCAACGAUCAAUUAGUAUCACCAUCAUAUAAAAUCAAAUUAAAUGAUACCAUCAUUCAUACCGUGCAUAGACAUGAACCACCCGUUACUGGUGAGUCCAUUAAAAUAGUGUCAUUGGAUGAGAAUGUUGUGGUUGUAGAUAAACCAUCCUCAAUCCCAGUUCAUCCAUGUGGUAGAUUUCGUCAUAAUUCAUUAAUGUAUAUAUUAGCAUCUGAACAUGGAAUCAAUCAAUUAUAUGGUGUACAUCGUUUAGAUCGUUUAACUUCUGGUCUUUUAUUAUUAGCACGUACUCCUGAUUCUGCAAAUAAAAAAGCAAAUCAAAUUCAAUCUGGUUUAGUUUCAAAACAAUAUUUAGCAAAAGUUAUUGGUAAAUUUCCAGGUAGUGAUACAAUUAAUUCAUCAUCAUCAUCAUUUAAUGAACAAAUAAAAUUAUGUAAACAUUUAGAAGAUGGUACAUUUAUAAUUGAUCAGCCAAUUGUAAUUCAAAGUAUGCGUCUUGGUAUUAAUCAUGUUGGUGUUGGUGGUAAACCAUCAAUAACUCAUAUUAAACUAUUUAGUUAUGACCAAUCAACCAAUACAUCCAUUGUAUUAUGUACACCAAAAACUGGUAGAACUCAUCAAAUAAGGGUUCAUUUAAAAUGGUUAGGAUUUCCAAUUGCAAAUGAUCCAUUAUAUAAUAAUGAAUUUAAAGAAUCAUUUAAAGCUUUAACAAGUGAUGGUAAAACAUCUUAUAUUUUCGAUGAUGAUGAUGGUGGUGGUGAGAAUAAUGAAAAAGAUGAAAAAAUCAAUAAUAAUAAUAAUAAUAGUUUAUCACAAAAAAUAAUAAACAAAGUUACAAAAGAAGAAGAAGAUUUUAUUGACGAUGGCGUUUCACCAAUUCAUUGUAAUGAUUGUUCAAUAGUUUGGUCUGAUAGUACUCAAUUUUCAUUUGGUAUUUAUUUACAUGCCUUAUCAUAUUCCUCAAAUGAUUGGUCUUAUAAAACUGAUUUACCAAAUUGGGCUAAACCUUCAUUUGAAGCUUCAAAUGAAACAUCAACUGAAACCACAAAUCAAAAUAUAAAUACAACAACAACAACAAUAAUUUCUGAAAUUAAAGAAGUUGAAGAGAAAAUAAAUUGA